AUGGAGCAACGCCCGAUCAAGAUCUUCCCCCGCAGGAAGCAAGGUCAGCCCUCCCGAGGCCCCGACGUCUACCUCACCCACGACCGCCUCGCCUCCUUCUUCCACAUGCGCCAGAAAGACGCUGCCGAGAAGCUGGGGAUCUCGCUGACGGCGAUGAGGAGCGCCUGCCGGCGUCUGGGGAUCGAGCGAUGGCCAUACAGCAAGAGCGAGCGGGAGGAAGAGGAAGGAGGGAGCGGGGAUGGUCAACAGGGGGAGCCGGCAUCAAUGGAGAAGUCAUAUGGGUCAAAAGCCAGUGUCGCCGAAGGAAAGGUGGAAAUGGGUGAAGGAGCAGGGCGAUCGCAACCUGAUUUCGUUGAGCUGAACCAAUUUGAAAGCUCUUCUUCCUGUCAGACCAUCGAUGGCAGCGUUGAGGGUACGGGAAGGAGCGAUGAAAUGUAUGCUUGGAUCAGCCAGGACGAGGUCCCUACGCCUGAAGUGCUGCCCCGGCCGCCGUCGGAAGCCUUCAUGAAAUGGUAUGCGAGCGUUCCUAACGAGUCUGAGGAUGUCUAG